CAGCAGUUUCCAAACAAUGGUUCUGAUUUACUGUCCAUCGACCGAUCGAGAGUUUCCACGUGUCGAAGCUGUCGAACUCGCGUAAUAACAAGCCUCGAAGCUCAGGUUUAGAAAGCACCGCAAUUAUACCCAUUUCUCCGCCUUGCAGAAAACGACAUCCAGCACCCGCUGGUCCGUGACGACGUACACGUCGACAACAUGGAGGAAGACUUGCAGAGCGUAGCGCUGCGAGAACUCGGCGAAACGCCAGAAGUGAAACACAAGUCCGUGGCGCAAUUGCGGCAGCUUCUCGAAGAAGAAGUUGACCUCGUUGUUCCGCCAGAUGACGUGCUGGUCAUGUUUCUCCGUUCCAAGAAGUACCGGGUGAAAGACGCGUUCAAGACGAUCACAAAGUAUCUCCGGGCGCGAAGGGAUGUGCCGCAGUACUUCGAUAACCUGACGCCAUCGACAAUUCCCUAUGAGACGUUCUUCCAUGACCACAAGCUCAUCAUGUUUUCCAGGGACUCGCAAGGACGAGCAGUGGGCUACCUUCAAUUUGGUGCUUGGAACAGCAGCAUCUGCUCCUUGGACGACCUGAUGAGGUGCGCGCUAGUAGCUACGGAAUCCAACCUGCGUGACGAAGAGACACAGAUACGUGGCCUCAUUGCUGUCAUAGAUCUCAAAGGCUUCAGUGCUCACCACUUGCUGCAGAUGACGCCGCGCUACAUGAGGAGGGUCGUCGCCAUUGGACAGGACUCACUCCCGGUACGGAUAAAGGGGGUCUACUACCUCAACACUCCAGCUGUCUUCAGGAUACUGCACGCAAUUGUCAAGCCAUUCCUCUCGGCAAAAGUGUUGAGCAGGUUGCAGUACCUUGCGGGCGACAUUUCAGAACUUCGUGGCGUUGUCCCGCCUGAGCUAAUGCCGAAGGAAUUCGGAGGGAUGCAGGAGGACUUCGACUUCCAGAAACAAGAGAAAUUCUUCCACAGCAAGGAGAGCUACUUCGAAAAGAUGCUACAAUGUGGUUAUCAAAGGAAGUGCGGCCUAUUUCGACAACACAGGAGCCGCCGCAGCGCAGCCCGGCCUCGACAGGGCAGCACGGCGAUGAACGCCGCCACGCAGCCUGUCUCGAAAGCGUCAGGAGCCAGGAUGAAGCCCAGCCACGGCAGGAUACGCCAGUCAUCAGCUUUCGGCGGCGGCGACGUCAGUGGCCCAAAAGGAGACCUUGAAACCUUGGCGAGGCUUGAACUCGGAGAAACGCCGGAAGUAAAAAGAAACUCGCUGACCCAGUUACGCAAGCUUCUUGAAGAAGAUGACAAGAUUCGAGUUCCCCCGGAGGACGAUUUCCUCCUCAUGUUUCUGCGUACUCGGAAAUACAAAGUGCAGAACGCUGUGGAAACAAUCAGGAGGUACUUCCGCGCGCGCAAGAACAUGUCCGAGUAUUUUGAGGAACUCACGACGUCCAGCUCCUUGUACCAGACAGUCUUCCGUGACCACAAGCUAAUAAUGUAUGCGAAUGAAAGAGACCCGCAGGGGAGAGUGACGUCCGUUACCAAAUACGGUGCUUGGAGCUCGGACAUUUGUUCCAUUGCUGAGCUACUGCGGUGCGGUCUGUGGGCCAUGGAAUGCCACCUUCUCGAAGAAGAGACACAGAUAAGGGGAUUCGUGGCCAUGAUAGAUCUCAAAGGUUUCGGCGCUGAACACCUGAUGCAACUAACGCCGUGGUUCGUCGGAAGGCUUAUUUCAAUUGCGCAGGAUUCCCUUCCGGUACGGCUGAAAGGCAUCUACUUCGUAAACACGCCAGCUGUGUUUCAAGUCGUCUAUACCAUUGCGAAACCAUUCCUAUCGGCGAAACUGAAAAGCAGGCUGCACUUCAUUGGGAGUGACUUGUCGGAACUCAGUGGAGUCGUCCCUUCUGAAUUGUUGCCGGAGGAUUUCGGUGGGACAAUUAACGACUUCGACUGCGACAGACAAGAGCGCUUCUUCAAUAAGAAAGCGAGCUACUUUGACAUGAUACGUCAGUUUGGUUACCAAACUUAGCGAACGGAUCCUGCAAGCUACAUUGUCUAGCUAGUGCUGAAGUCGAGCACAGCGGUUUACAACCCGAGGGCCUGCCGACGCUUGCCGUGUGCUAGACCAGGACUAGACCGUCGUGGCCUCGCGUUCAUCGGCUAUCAUCCGCCCAAAAUGAAGCCAGUGCGGUGACGACAGCCUGAGGUUAUAAUAUUAUUCAGUAAGGAGACUACGAAUACGAGUGGCAGCUGUAUGAGGCCGCGUCUCACAGAUGGUCGUUGGAUUUCCAGGAAGGGCCACCGGCGUUACUAAGGCCCAGUGGAGUGCCUGCAUGCAUGGCCGCAUCCGAAUUCAAGCUGCCGGCUUCAUCUCCUCGGAGCACGCGACACUGCCACUUACCCAUGGGAAACCCAGCUAUACAGAUACCGCAUUCUGAUCCUAGUCAGGGUGCAAAGCUGACUAGGAUCAGAAUGGUUGGUUUCCUCUUUGGUUUCCUGCUCACGUGAUCGACCCAGAAUUAUUUUUAUAUAACUGUCUUCUGUUUGUUUGUUUCUGUGUGAUUGAUUGAUUGAUUGAUUGAUUGAUUGAUUGAUUGAUUGAUUGAUUGAUUGAUUGAUUGAUUGAUUGAUUGAUUGAUUGAUUGAUUGAUUGAUUGAUUGAUUCUUUACUUUAGAGCAGCAGUAAAGGAGUAGGCUUUUUUGAC